AUGCGAUGUGUUUAUUAAAGUAAUCAUUGAUACUGAAUUUUAAGCGUCAUAAAAUAUGUUUUAUAUUAGCUUAAAUAUUCUUUCAAAUUGUUAAAAUGCACUUUUAUUCUACUUUUAAUAACUACUACAACAAUAUUAAAUUCUCCAGUUGAAUUAUUAACUCUUGUAAUUAGCUUGAAUAUAGUUAACUAGCGGCAGUUUGAGGCACUUUUAUGUGUGGGGUUCCGUUAUUUCCGACCGUAUUCGAACGCAUCUCGCGCAUGCGCAGCUCCCUCUGUAGUGACGGUACUGAUGCUGAUGAGGGCGAGGAAGAGCCGUGAGGGAUGCCGCCGCGGCUGUUGUGUUUUGCUGCCAUUUCAUCAGCGGAUCGGAACGUAAAUACCGGCGGCGGCGGCGGCGCGCGGCCGUGAGGGACAUCCGGGCUUCUGCAGGCCGCAUCCAGACUUCCACACGGCCCGGAGCUCUGAUGCUGGUCCGGGGGAGCUGUUAAGGUGGUAUUAGUGGAUGCUGCAGCAACAGACUCCACCGGUGCGAGGGCUCAUUUCCAGAAGCCACAGUCAUCAAUAUGGUGCCUGUUUUCUCCAGGUUUUGAGCUCUAAACUCGAGAUUUUUACUGUUGGUGAGACAUGGAGACGAUAUGGCUUUACCAGUUCCGUCUGAUUGUCAUCGGAGACUCCACGGUGGGAAAGUCCUGCCUGAUCCGGAGGUUCACGGAGGGCCGCUUCGCCCAGGUGUCUGACCCCACCGUGGGAGUGGACUUCUUUUCUCGUCUGGUAGAGAUUGAGCCAGGAAAGAGGAUCAAACUACAGAUCUGGGACACCGCAGGACAAGAGAGGUUCAGGUCCAUCACCAGGGCCUACUAUCGGAACUCCGUCGGGGGUUUGUUGCUCUUCGACAUCACAAACCGCCGUUCCUUCCAAAACGUCCACAACUGGCUGGAGGAGGCGCGGAGCCACGUCCAGCCGCACAGCAUCGUCUUCCUGCUCGUCGGCCACAAGUGUGACCUGGAGGCUCAGCGUCAGGUGACCCAGCACGAGGCCGAGAAGCUGGCGGGGGCGUACGGGAUGCGCUACGUGGAGACGUCUGCGCGAGACGCUAUCAACGUGGAGAAGGCGUUCGUGGAUCUGACGAGGGAAAUCUUCGAACUGGUGCGGGACGGCGACAUCAAGAUCCAGGACGGCUGGGAAGGAGUCAAGAGCGGAUUUGUUCCCAACACCGUCCACUCCUCCGAGGAGGUGACCAAAGGCAGCCGGCAGUGCUUCUGCUGAUUGCGUUGUGGUAAAAACCUAAGCGGACACCGACUUCUGUCUCUUUUUGCCGUGGCUGCUCUCGGCGAAGCUUUUGGGGACAGCACUUCCUGUUUUCCUGCUCAGUUACUGUGUGUGAGACCGUUGGAGUCGCCUGGAGGCUCCGGAGAGACACCGAAGCACAACAAGCAUCCAGACCUCUCCUUUUCUGUCCGCACACGUGUGUCUUCUUAUCUGUUAGGAACACUUUAGCUUUAUGCCACGUUCGGCCUUUCCUGGUGUGCAUGGUGACGCUCAAGUGAUGAUCACGAACAGUUCUCUUCAUGAGUGGAGACGGACGCCGCUUCUUCCACAAACUGUUUCUCGGGUGGAGAAUCCAACGGUAGUGAACUCCAGCCGAGCCAAAGUUUCAGAGUGUGUGUGUGCCUGACUCCUGGAGAGAAGAGGAUGCUGUCGGAGGGAAAACGUUUCUACCGUUUCUGUUGAACGACUGCCUUCAUGUCGGGGAUGUUCACCUGUUACCGAGCAGAUCCAGAAAUGCUUCUUCAACUCAGUCAAAAGUGAAGAAAUGCCUUUAGAGACGUGAGGCUUGACUGACCGAUUAUUUGAAACUUGACAAAGAUGAAAAAUUUGUGAAUUUAUUUCUUAUCCCCCCAAAGUGUUAACAGUUAUUUAAGCCAUAAUUCAAUAGAAGACAACUUGAAGCUUUUCAGUUAAGAGGAUUUUUUGGGUCAUAUUUUGGACAAAAUAAUUAAAGAAAGAAAGAAAGGACAAUCAGCAGUUUAAUCUGUUGUAACAGCCCACAUUGAUAAAAAAAAAAAACAAAACCUCAAAUAUAUUUAAAUAUUGCAGAGCAAAUUGACUUAACUUAUUUUAAACAUAAGAAUAAUUAAAUUGUGCUUUCGCCCUUUUUUAUGUCUUAAUUAUUUAAUUAGUAAUACAGUAUUUUCCAGAGUAUAAUUAGCAAAAAGCAAAAAAUGUCAAAACAAGAAAAAGAAAACCAUUUAUAAGUAUAAAUCGCACUUUUGGGACAAAAGUCUGACAUUUUAGCACAAAUCCGUCAAGCCCAGUGUAACAAAUAAAUAAAUAAAUAAAUACAGGAAUGCUAAUAUUUUGAAGAAAAAUAUCAAAGUUUAAGAGGAAAACAAUCAGAUUCUCUUCCAUGUUUGUUUUUGACGACACUUCUUCUGCUGUCAGUAGCAAAUACUUUGGGUGCAGCACCCUCUAGUGGUUGUUAGAGGAAACAACCGCUAAAGGAUAACUGGUGUUUAAUGGGAAAAUAACGAAUAUAUGAGCCUAUUUAUGCCUAAAAAACAAACAAAAACAAAAAAACACACAAAUACGUUGCUUCUGACUAAAAGUCGCACCCCUCGCAAAACUAUGAAAAAAUACGCAACUUAACUCGGUAAUCAAAUAUUUCCAAACCUGUCCAAGACUGUCACAUUAAUAAUCACUAACAAAUCACACACACUACCACUUUAAUGUUUGGGAUCAUGUACAUUUUAUGGAAAAACAACAAAAAAAUUACAUUUCAUGACACAUUUUAUAAGUGUUUUUUUUGUAAAAAUUAUAAAAAAAAAUUAACAAUCAAGUUAUUCAGCAGCUUUCACUUCUCCAUGUUCUUCAUGCAGAACCAAUAAAACAAGUUAGUAACUGCAUGAUCAUCAGAAACCCCAUUAGCACAGGGGGCAUAAAUCCAAAAUACACGAACAAGAUAAAUAUUUACUGAACACACUGAAACUACAUUUUUAAAAACUUAAAAAUGUAUCUUUUUAAUGCGGACCAAACCUCAGGACUCAACCUCAACCAAAUAGUACCGCAUCCGGAACCGGUACUGAUCCACAUCCCAAUACCAGACCGGUACCGAAGGUUGGGGAGCCUUGAUUUAAUUGGAUGUAAAAAAUCGACGAGUUGGGGACUCCCAAAACGUAAAUUUUUGACGUUUAAGGUCCUUAACCAAAUGUCAAUUUGUGAUUAAUUGGUAUUGAAAAUGUGUUGCAAUAUGUUACUAGUGCAAAUUAAUAUAAAAAAUAUAAAAUGAUCUGGUGGGCCGGACUUUGACACACGCAUUAGCAUUUAGCAAAAUUCAAACUUGAUUUAUAAAGCGCUUUUCAUGCAACAGUAACACAAAUUGUGUUUAAACCAAUUAAAACAAAUGUAUAAAACACACAAUCAGAGAAAUAAAUGAAACAGGACUUUCUGUAGGCUGAUUAUUCCAUCAUUUCUUUGUUUACAGGAUAAAAACGGACCAAACUUUUACUGUCUGUGUAAGCUUAGAUAGGACGGUUAUGGAAAAAUACUACAACUUAAGUGCUGUUUUUCAGUAAAUUUUCUGAAAAAAGGGAAAAAUGCACCACUGCACAGGAGGACAAAUCCCUAACUGGAAAACAAGGGAUUUGUGUCGCUAACUGGAAAACGAAAUCAAACCUGUCAAACACGGUUGAGCAUCAAUGACAGCAUGUUGAACUUCAUUACUUCAAUCUGGUCAAUAAAAAUAAAAGCCUUACGAGGACAAAAGAGUAAAAGCUGGACGUUUAAUCCAAAUUUGAGUUUUAUGGAACUUUUAUUUUGGCGGGAUGACUGGAGGAAGUCAUUGAGGGAGAUGAUCCAGGAGACAAAAAGUCAUAUUUUUCUGGUUAAUAUAAAAAGCUUUUUUUUUUUUUUUUUUAAAGUGGGAAAAGUUUGACUUUUUUCAUCAUGUUUGUGUUCUUUUUAUCUCUUUUAAAUCAAUUUCAUGCUCCAUGGAAAAAAAAUCCAGUUAUCUCAAACCUUCGAGCUGUAGUGUUGUGUGUUUUCAAUGGAAAUUUGACCAACUGUAGCAAAUGUAUUUGCCAUGAUCAUUGUGGUCAUUUGUUCAAACAGGCCAAACAAUACUCAGGACUUAAAAUAUAAUGUGAUAUUCAGAAAUAAAUAAGAUUUAUUCAAAUGUUAGAUCAUUAUAAAUCGUUUAUUUCCCAUUUUAAACCACACAAUUGAAGAAAUGUCAGGAAGUAUUCACUCACUUGCAGCCUCAAACAAAGUCAUGUACAUAUUUACAGUAGCUGCAUGCUCUAUUCUUACUCAGUGUAUCCAAAUAAAAUAAAAAAACAAAUUUUUUUCUUAAUAUAAAGGCAAACAAUCCUUGCAGUCAACACAUUCAGAAACGGUUCAUUUGUAACAAACUGCACAGUUGUCGCUCCAUAUUGUCCUCGUAUAUGGUGAUAAAGAAAUACAAACGCCUUUUUCUCAACAACUUACUCGGAAUUGUUCUGUUUACUUUUAUGAUGCGGAAAGUGUCUCUCUCGAGUGCCUUUUGGAAGAAAACAAGUUGAAGUGCAUGCAGUCGACACAACGUCAUGUCCAUCCUGUGAAUGUUACUAUCUCAACUGUAAUAGGUGGCAUUGAUAUCACGUUACGCAGUGUAUAAAUCAUUCAUCUGAAAUCAAACCCAGUAAAAGUUGACUGUUUGAUGUUGUUGUGACUCUGGGAUCAAUAUAGCACAAGUGUCAUCCAUGAGGAAAACCUGUAAACAUCAAUAAAGAUUUUGCUUGUGAAAAUGGAAAA